CCACUCCCCCGGUGCCUGCACGCCAUCUACCUCCAUGCAUCCCAGCGCGUCAAAGCCACCGGCUAUAUUGCGCGCCCGAAAAAAGCAACCAUCACAGCAGCCCAACACAAGACGCCGCAUAACCAGGCCCAUCCCUCCACCCUGUGCCCCUCACCAACACAACACAACACAACACUCCUCGGUUCACGACCUGGUGUGAUGUGCCACCAGCAUCCUCUGUGCUCCGUGCCAUCUCCCUCCAACCAGAGUUCCCACAUAUAGAUCCGCCCAGAUGAUCGCCCCCAACACCCUGUCGACAAGGGCAAAAAAACGAAUUCUUGACAUCCAUGACUCCCCGGUCCUCUGCUGAUAAAUCUUUACUCUACUCUUGACGUCGAUGGGUGGACCUGGUAGGGCUUUGAAUACUUCUCUGCAUCGGGACGACGCCUUGUUAUGCACGCCCGACCGCUGUUGGACAAGUGGAGAUGACGCGAAUCUCGAUGCGUGGUACGACGAGACGCUGUGGAUGUGGAUGUACAUGUGGAUUUGGGUGGGGGCUGUCGUGACCAAGGCGUGUCGCCGUCGCGUCGCGUCGCGUCGCACGGAGUGGGUAAGGCUAGGGUCGAUGGGCUGGGUGCUGCGAGGUCUGGAAGAGGCAGUGACAGGUGUCACACUGGGAUCUACGGAGAUGUUCGGUAGUUACUAGAAGGGGAAAGUAGGA